AUGAUGGGAUUGGACCGACUGAGCAUGAGAAGGGCCAUUGCAGUCCUUCCGAUCAUUCCUUCGCUACUUGGUCUCGUGGCUGGCAUCGAUAUUCUUGCCCCUUCCAUUCGGACGAACUCGACCGCGACCAGGACUUUCAUCUUCGAGCGGGAGAUCUCAUGGCUCAGACGGGACUUCUUCGUCCGCGAAGCCAACGGCGCUGACACCCUGCAAGUCCGUACCCAAUUCGAUGGGCCUUCGGCAGAGGCUUUUCGUAUGUCCGUCACGAACCCUCAGCGACACGAAUUCACUAUCGGUCUCGAACUUGAACCCAACAUCAAGCCUCAACUGGAAUGGUGCGGCUACAAACAGACCUACCGCACCACUGAUGGGGUCUCCUUUGAUUUUCACCCAAGGUUUUGGUUGAGCGACCGUUGGGAGAUAAAGAGAGGUGGAGUCCUAACGGAGGAUUAUAUCUGGGAAAGAAAUCAGAUGGGGUUGGCUGGCCCAAUUAAAGACAAACAGGGCCGUCCUGUCGCCCAUUUCCAUGCUCGAACAUGGGGACACGAAUGGAUUGCGAUGUCUUGGCACACCAAACGACCCCAUACAACGAUUUACAGCAUCGUGACCAACGACGAUAUCCCGAUAGAAUAUCUUGUCGGCCUUUUCACAGUCGCUAUCGUCAGGAUGGACAAAUGCGGCAGAUAG